GUGAGUAAACUUAACUAAUGAGAGGAUAAUAGUUUCAAUCUACCGGAUUAAAGCAUGUAAACGAAGAAAUCAGCCUCUCUGUAAUGUAAUUCAAAAGAGAAUUAAUCCCAAAAAUUUAUAGAAUAUGCAUUAAAGGUGAUUAGAACACAUUUUAAAGAGUGUCAGACAAGAGUGUAUGAGUACAGAAAGUAUGUCACCGAAAUUAUCAAAAAUCACAUUUUGAGAAAGAUUUAAAUUGAGUCAAGUUUGCAAAUGAUAGAGUUCUCUUUCUUUUCUUUACAUAAUUCUAUUCAGUCUGAUUGAGCUGUGAUCAUAAAAUCAUUUAUUUUGUGCUAAAUGUGAAGGAAUUAUUUAUUUUUAAUAUUGUGGGAAAAGAAAAAUUAGUGAUAAUCGGAAAACAUUUAAUGAAACUAUGAAUUUAACUUUUCUUAUCAUUUCCUUAGUAAUAUGUUUGAGUUUUAGUGCUAUAAAUGCGAAUUCUUAUCACGAAAAUGUUUGUGAGAAAGGUUCACUAGCAGUUUAUCAGAUAGAAAUAGAAGGAAAUUGGACAGAAGAUAACUUCCCUAAAAACUAUCCGAAAUUCCGUCCUCAUGCACAUUUUUCGAAAAGCUUUGGAAUAAGUCAUUCUCAACAUGACUAUCUGUUUCGAAUGCAGGAAGUCGUUAGACCAGAGCUAGAGAACUUUUGUUUGAGAGGAGACAUUGAGGAGCUUCAUACGCAAAUCAGUAAAGAAAAUAUUUUUGAUGAACUCAUUAUGCCUAAGCUCGAUGACCCAAGCAAAAAAAUUGAAUCGCGAUUUUUUGUGAGCAGUAAUCAUUCAUUAUUCUCAAUCGUGACGAAAAUAGUCCCCUCUCCAGAUUGGAUAAUUGGCAUUGACUCUUUAGAACUAUGCAUUGAUAAUAAAUGGGUCGAUGAGAUCAGAAUUGAAAUGCAACCAAUUGAUUGUGGAGUUAAUUCUGGUUUCACAUUUAGUUCCCCAAUUUGGGAUACUAUUCCGCGUGACGAAAUGACAUUUAUUACUUCGCACUUUCCAAAUAAUCAUGCGUCCUCAUUUUACUAUCAAAAUGUGACACAUCUUCCGCCAAUAGCCUCAUUUCGAAUUCAUAAAAUUAAAGAAUAUAUUGGCGUGAAGGAUUCAUCUGUCAAACGAAUUCACCAAAAGUAUCGAAGAAACACAAUGAAAAACCCAUCGAGACUUGCAAAUCAUGACAAUUCCGAUUGUGUUGUUUCAAAAUGGAGUGAAUGGUCAGCAUGCAGCAAAGAGUGUGGAAUUGGUGAAAAAUUCCGAAAUCGUACUAUAAUGAGACUAGAAAAGAGCGGAGGAAAAGCAUGUCCACAUCUCAUUGAACGAAGUUGGUGUGGAAGUAGCCGAUGCGAAUCCUCAAGCUCAUCGUACUUUUCAUGGUGAUUUUGAUACUCAUAUUAUAUGUUGUGAAUAUAUACAUUUUUUAAAAAUAAAGCUCUUUAGAGUGGCAAUAGUAAG